CACUCCCACAUAACUCAGUCAGCUCCCACUGAAGAUGACUGCGAAAAACCGACAGAAGAACAGCUCGAGCGAGAAAAGCGCUGCGUCCAGCCAGGAUGAUGCGUCCAAGAAGAGCCAAAAGAGUGCCGGUAACGGUGUGAGUGGCCCCGCACCCCAGGGGUCACAGUCAGGAAGCAGUUGCGGGCUAUUUUUUUCUGGUGUGUUUUACUUGGUGUUAUUAGGCGCCGCAGGGUUCGUUGCUUUUUAUUUACAACAAGUAGUGGAAGAAAUACACAAAACAAGUGCCAAACAUGAGGAGAGCGCACGGCAAAACGCAGAGCUGGUCGGUAAAAUGGAGAGUGUCGUUCAACAGGUGGAGUCUCUGAGGAGUGUUGUGGAUGGGCUGGAGUCAUCACUGGGCAUCACGCGGGUGGAGCUGGAGGGGGCCAUCAGUCGGAUGAAGAGGGGCGAGGUGGAGACGAGGAGGGUGGAAGAGGCCCUUCAGAAGCUCCAGAAUGAGCUCCUCAAAGACCUUUCAGAGGGCAUCAACGAGGUGAAGGAGGCUCGAGAGAGGGACUUCUCCUCUCUGGAGAAGACUGUAGAGGAGCGUUUAGCUGAGGUGAGUCAGUCGAUCAAAGCCAGCGUGGCGGAGUUCACCGAAGCUCAGGGCGAGGCACAGAGAGAGCUGUCUGAUCUCAAGUCCCGCUUGGGUGACAUUGAAGACCCUGCGCUCAUCAAACAGGAACUGUCUGCCAUCGUUAGUACCGUAGCUGAAAUCAAAACAGCCAAGCAGGCAACGGACGCCUCGGCUGAUGCGCUCAGAGAGCAGAUAGGCACAGUGAGGGAAGAGCUCCAGACACGCAAUCAGGAAGUGGCCUCUCUGUCUCAAGAAAUUCAGUCAGUUAGCAGAGUAGUGCAAGAUAAUGUUGGAAGUCUGAAGCAGUUGGUGUCUGCAGCUGAGUCUGGAGUCCAGGCUCUGACGGAGAAAACGGUGACACUGGAGAGCGGGUUGGAGCAGGCUGUGGAUGCUGUCCGCCAUGUGGAGAAGAAGGUUAAUGAAGCAGCCGCUCUAGCCCAGACAAGAUCAGAUGACCUGGAGGUUAGAGUCAAAGCAUCAGAGGAGAAAGGAGAUUCACUGUCCGCAUCAGUGUCAGAGAUCACCUCCAAAGUGGAAUCGAUCUUAGCCAAAUACGACACCCAUGAGAGCACUCUAGCUGCACAGGGGCAGGCAGUGGAGAAAGCUAAAACAAGCUUGAUGGAGACGCUGGAUGGACUGAAAAGUAGCGUGGAGGAGUCCAAGAGCCUGGGUCAGCAGGUGGGAGAAUUGGAGGUGAGGCUCGCUGCCCUGGAGGCAAGCAGCAGCAGCAUAAAGCCAGAGCAGCUGGAGAGCUUAAGAGGUGUGGUAUCCGGCUUGGAAGGCAAAGCAGCCAAGCUAGAAGGCCACGAAAAAGCUAUUUCUGCCCUUCAGAAAGCACUGAAGGAGACAACACAGUCAUUAGCAAGCUUAUCCAAAGCUCCUGGCAAAAAGGGCAAGUAGGGAACCUUAGAUUGAAAAGUGACAUCAAGAUACCAAAACAUCCAACAUCCAACAACAACAAGAACAAUAUGGACAAUAAUGAAACACUCCUUUCCAUUUAUAUGAAGAUGUAUUAGUCAGAUCUUGUGGGGUGAUGUCUUGAUGUUGCACAAUUUUGAAUAGACUUGUAGGAAAGAAGUAAAUGUGAGGAAAACUGGGUUGGGUCAGGGGGGAAGGGGCAGAGAUGGACUGCUGAUCUGUGAAUUCAAAUCCACACUCAGGCUGCACUGUAGUUUUGUUUUCUUAUGUUUUUUUUAAUGUUUUUUUGUGUUAGAUUUGAAAGUUUUCUGUGCCAAGGCUGUCUUUUUAAAACUCAAAUGCAAUAAGCUCUUGUUGAGCACUCCAUUGUUUACUCACUGCGUUUUUUUUUUCUUUUCACAAGAAUAAAAAACUCUUGUUGACCCAAAACUGUGAAGAAUGAUUUCUUUCCGUGCUUACUGUACAUUCAGGGAGCAUUUACAAGCUGUAAUAAAUGGAAAUGACCUGAUUUAUAUUGUAAAAGUUAGUGGUAAAACUCUGAUUUGU